CACCUCGCCUGUGAGGCACGCUUCCCUCUCGGAGCAGGUUCGGAUUGAUGCCUAGCCGCCACGUGAAACCCCUGAGUAGCUGGUGCUUACCGCUGCGCGCCUCCUCUGACCUCAAGCUAUCACCGCACUGUACCUACCACCUCUAUGCGCCACCACCAGCGCAGAUAACACCCCUCGCCCUCGCCUCCGCCGCCGAUGAGCUCGGAAGAAUACCAUCAGUCGCCCUUCGAGGCGCGCCCCGCGCAGUCGUCGCUCCCCCGCCGCCGUCUGCAAUUUCCCGAUCCUGCGCCCCAGCAGUACUCGUCCUCAGAGAGCGCGAACCCGUCAUCAGUCAGAAAUGGUUCUGCGCGCCGUAGAGUGGUGUCUGUGGACGGGAAGUAUGCGUAUAACGGCGUUGCGCCUGUGAAGCCCAGGCGACGGCCCAUAUCACUCAUCGGCACCGUGCCGGAGACGUCGCGGGAGGCGGGGAAUACGUCGCUGUCGGCAGAUGAUCUGUCGCUGGGGACGUUCUCGGACGAAUAUGACUUGUCUCAUGAAGAUCCCAGGCUCAUCCAAGAAGUACAGCGUGCUAUCAAGAUGAAGGCUCGACGAGAGGCUCGCAUCAAGGCCUCGCCAGGCGGCCAGCGAUCCCAGGCGUCCUCCCGCUCCAGUCUUCAUCAACCACUUCACCUCAUUCCCCCACCCAUGCGCGUACCAGCGGACAUCGACUUCGCACCCUCUACAAGCACCCCUGCGAAGACGGAUGUUACCAACGUACAUCCCGUGCCCACGUCACUCGACGGAGGGAAUACUCUAGAUUGGUCUGUGCAUACGGCAGACGAAGAGGAGAAAGAGGAGAAGCGGUGGAAGUUGACAUUGUCGAAGAAGAAAGGGAAGGAGAAGGAGACCUUGCUCAACCAGAGUGAUCUCGUGAAGCAGGAGAACCAGUUCGUAGAGGGCCUUCGUCGAAUACGCAACAGCGCGUCCCCGCAGACCUUGCAUAAGGCUGCUAUUACCAACGAGCAGCUGACCCAGCGAUACUCCUUCCUCCAAGCAAAGGUCGCGAACGGUUCCAACUUACUCGACGUCGCCCGAUGGUAUGGCGGCCAGCAUGAAUCCAUCAGAAGUGCUAUGGAGCAGUCUCAACCCUUCGUAUGGCUCAAGCAUCUCGACAAGCCGAAGAAGGAGCGAGACAAGGACAAACCGCGACCGCCAUGGAACCUCACUGCCCUCACCCUCGAUGCAUACACCCGCGCUCACAAUAUACAUUCUAUCACGGAGGAGCCCUCAUCCCCGGCUUCCUCCCCGAGAACCUCACACUCCGUUCCCUACCAGUCAGCACCCUUCUCGUUCCCUUCGCGCUCAGCCUCUCGUUUCUCCCUCAAGCCCUCCCUCAACCAGCGCUUCUCUCCGGAGAGCAAUGGUCGUGUCAGCUUCGAACCCCUCAUCGAAUCCUUGCGCGGCUCGCUGGACCACCGCUCGCGUCGCAGUAUCGACUCCGCGUAUAGCAGCAACUAUAGCAGCGCCUCCGGCUUGCCAGGCGCGUCGCCUGUCAACCCCAAGCCUCAGGCUAGCGAAAGUGAAGGUUCUUCGGCGCCUCACUCCUCGUCCAGCCACGAAGACAAUCACGCUAAGAAGCCCGGCCGGUACCCCGUCAUGGAUCUCAACGACCCCGCGGACAUGCCCAACAUCCGUGUCACCAACCAUAGCCGAAGUCAUUCGCGGGAGCCACAGUCGCAGUCUCCCGACUUGACGGACGUUCCGUUGAAUAUCAUACCGCCGUCGGACGAGGGAACACCAGAUCCGGAGAUGCGAGCUGCUAUGGCGAAGUCGUCGCCGUUCAUACAACACCGGGCGCUACCACGACGAAUAUUGGCUCGAAGGUCGCUGCCAUCGACGAGGAAGGAGAGUCAGGAUUCGCAAAAGCGGCACGCAACCCAGGAGCGAACACGACGAGAGUACGAGCAGAAAGCGCAGCUGCUGGAGUCCACGAUGUCGCAGAACUCUCGGCUGCGUCAGCUGUUGCACAGGGUGGCAGGCAAUGUCAAGGAGUAUGAGAACGUUCAGUCCAACAUCUCCCGUGCACUUGGCUUGCCGUACAAGUCACUGCCUCAAGAAGUUCUCGACGCGUUCAGUCAUGAUCCUGCCGCUGUCACUGGGUCGACGAGGCGGCUGCGCGGGUACCGAGCUGUGGACGACAUUCACAAGCGACUGCGCAAGCAGCAGGAGACACUGCAAAACUACCUGAGCGAGGCUGGCAGCUCUGGGAAAUUGGAGACCUCGGGCAGCAUCUUUGACGAUUCCAUCUCCUCCUUAUUGACCACCAUCACUGCGCUCGAAGGCCACCGGAACGAAAUCUAUGUCCAGGCUCGGAAUGUCACCCAGGUGCUCCAGCGGGUGCAAGUGCUGCAUGCGGAGACGAAGUCGGAUUACAAUGCCGCGCUCGCCCAUACAUCGGUCGUCUACCCGGAGUUAUCGACCAUCGUCACGCUGGAAGAGAGUUAUCGAGACCAGUACCAGCAAUUUUGGGAGGUUGGCAUGAAUUUGCUGACUUUCCUGCUGGAUACUAUAACCCCCUUCUGGCGUACGUACGGCAAGCGGAUCGGCGACGAUGUGAUGGACUUCCUCAUCAUCCCCCUCUACCGCAACGAGUUCACUGGCGAGGCGAAGCGGUAUCCAAUCAAGCGAAUACCAAAGCGCUCGUUCAUGCACUGGGUGUAUUCUGCGCUGUUCUUCUGGGGGUCCACUGCGGUCACGUUCCUUCAGAUACGUACCGCCUUAUCCUCCACGGCACACUUCCGCUUGGAGCUAAUCGAGCAUGACGGGCUGCGCUACAUCGUGCUCCCCUUCUUCUGGAUUGGCAUCAUUCUCCAGUGGAUCGCCGUGCUAACGGAGAUCGCAGUCGUGCUCACGCAGCUAGGGGUAUUGUUCUGGUGGAUAUGUUGGUUCGUGCGGUUGGUGGAUUGAGCUGUGUAUCUCGCUUAUGUCUUCUGGACAUCCCCCCUUUCGUUAUCCCAUCCCCACCAUUAUUUACUCACCUCGCUCGCCGUGCUUUCGCUGUCCGGUCGUCGCCUAUGCUCUGCUCCCUGGAUGUUGAUAUCGUACCUGUACAUAUAAAUACACGUAUUUAAAGGUCCAUUAUGCGGUCCCUACAUUCAACAAUCGUUUUCCUCGUC